AUGGCUGUUGAUCAGAUGCCGGUUCCCCGUCGCUUCCUGCUGAUCAGUGUGCCCAGGACCGCGUCGAACCUGUUACUCAAAGUCCUCAAUAUCCCAAACCAGCCCGGCUUGGUCACCAACGAGAUUGGCGGGUAUUUCUUCUACUCGGCAUUCUUUCAAGCUUCACAGGAGGGCCACCUGUUCAAGGCUCCAGAAGACUGGUCCGAUGAAGAUGUGAAAUCCGUCAAGGGAAACUUCCAGACCUGCACAGAUACCUUGGAGAAGUGGUCUGCAGAGGCCCGCGACGAAAACAAGGUUCUAUUUGCAAAGGAACAUGCGUUUUGGACCGUGAACCCAGCUUCUUUCCAGGAAACUGUCACUGGCCAUGAUGCCAGCGAAUUCUCUGCGCAUUUCCGCGUCAAUACUGACGCAUACGGACCCAACCAGAGCUACUCCCCGUCUAACAAGACCAUCUUUUCAGAUGAAUACCUGCGCAGUUGGCAAAUGGCCUUUAUUAUACGGCAUCCGGCGCUUGCCUGGCCCUCGAUGUAUCGUGCGAUGAGUAAAGUCGCAGCGGAGGGCUUCAUGGACGAAGAUGGCAUCAAGGGCGCAUCUGGAACCAAUAUGAGUCUGCGCUGGUCUCGCAUGCUCUAUGACUGGUGCAUGGAACAACCCGAUGUGCCAACUCCACCUCCGGUCAUCGAUGCCCACGACCUGAUUCAUAAUCCCGAGGUGGUACUAAAGCUCUGCGAGCAGACCGGACUGGAUAAGAAUGUGGUGCAGUUCGAGUGGGACCAGAAUGAUGCUAAGAAGUCCGAUAAAUGGGCUCAAACUGGCGAUCCCAAUGUCAAGACCGACGAGCAUGCUCUACACAACCGAGCUGCUUCUAUCAUGCUGUCUUCUCUCGAGGCAUCUAAGGGUGUUAUCAGGGACAAGGCGCCCGCUAACAUCGACAUUGCCGCUGAGGCAGCGAAGUGGAGGAUUGAGUUUGGAGAGGAGGCCGCACAGUUCAUCGAGAAGGCCGUUUGGGAUUCCAUGCCUGACUACGAGUACCUCAAGUCGAAGCGAAUCACUCCUGAAGUCCAUUGUGAUGGCGAGGCAUGA